UUUUUUCGCGCAAUAUAAACCAGAUGUGUCCAUCAAAUUUAUCGCUCCGAUAACUAUUUAUAAUUCACAUCGUUUUCAACUCCAGUUAGUUGUCAAUAACCCAAUACAAUGUCCGUUUUAGUAAACGAAACCUACACCGAAGAUGAGAUUUUCGGCGAUCUUGCGACCCACGAGGAGUCAUCAUUACCCUCCACAGGAUCAAUCCUUCAAAUGCUCUGGAACAUCAUCGCCGAAGGAACGAAACUUGUGAUUUGUGUUCUAUCAGCUGUAUCAGCCAGUUUUCUCAUUUACAUCAUCCUCAAGUUCGAGAAAGUGAGGAAGAAAUGCAAUAUUUUCCUCCUACAUUACGCCAUAUCGUCGCUGAUUGACGUCAUGUUGGUACCACUAGUCAUGUUGAUGUCUCAAUUUGCGUUUUCAAGUACAGUGGGCUGGGAAUUUUUCUGCUUUAUCUACUCGAUUAACAGCUCGACGAAUAUUUUGGUUUUCGUGUUCGGCUCUAUGAUUGGCUUUUACUGGUUCAUCCAGAAUUUUAAAAACUCGUGGAUCAAAAAUCAGAAAAAGUUUGAGCUUUUUGCAACGAUUUUCAUCUACAUAGUGUGUUCCAUUAAAUUGGCGAUAGUUGGAGGCGAAUGUUUUGUGGAAGAGUCGCUCCAUACGAGCGAAAUUCUUCGAGGAAUUUUCCUCAUCUUGUUGUUAAUAAUAACAGGGAUAAAUAUUGUGGUCAAGCGAAAAUCGCUCACCGACACUCAAAUUAAGUCAAAAUACGAAUUGGCAGUUUCCUCCUAUAUCAUCUAUAGUUUCCUUCCAUUAUUUGUGAUUGGGUUUAGUUUCUACUUCACGUGGUCACAUGACACGAUUGAUUUCAUUUUUUAUUUUUAUACGCUUGCUGAAGUUCUGGCAUUUAGUGGAACACCCAUUAUUACGUACAUUCUGUACCAGAAGAGCAAACAUUUCCGGGUCGCUUUUAACAGUAUUUUCAAACGUUCGGUCAAACAUUACGACGAGGAAGAACUGAAUGAAGAAAGUGAAGAGGAACAACCAGCGGCUGGAAGCAAUAAUAAUUCGGGGUUUAUUUAAAAUGUAUAUAAAUAAAUAUGUUAUUUGUUAUUAAUACGACAAGAAUUUGGAAUAAUUGUCUCUAUAAUAAAAGUUGAAGGUUAAUCAACAAACAAA